AUGCACUCGGAGAGAGGAAGGAGUGACAGGGAUAGAAACACCAGACUUUGCAGAAGAAUAAAAGAAGUAAAUGUGGAGGAGCUGGAAAGCAGAGGAAAGGCCAUAGUGUGCCUGAAGAAACAAGUUGAGACUUUAAAAAAGGACACCGUAAGUUUGAAGGACAUGUGCCAAGAGAAAGGCAAGACAAAAGAGAACGGACAAAUACGGAAAGAAGACAUACUUAAAUGGAUGAGUGAAACUAUGGAUGAAAAGUUAGGGGAAUUUACAACAGACUUGCUUGUCUCAGUAGGAAACAUGGUAAACGCUCGACUAGAAGGGAUUAAAAGCAGAUUACCUCCUGAAAAGAUUUUGAGGCCUCCGUUAAUCUCAGAUAAACGAAACGAGAGAGAUCAUCUGUAG